CAUGGCUGUUAUCAAUAAGUCGCCAUAAUCUGCCACAUUUAUUACACAUCUACACUUCAUUGACUUCAUUCAGACAUUUACUCAUUAUUUGGAACUUAUGGAAGUGAUAACGUUGUAACGUACAUUUUCCAAUAGUUUCUAAAUAGAGGAGAGAAGGAGAGUCUUGAAGUGUCUCGAUCAGUCUCGAUCAUCGACACGUAUCGACGGCGUUUGUCACCAUUCGUCGCAGUUUUAUUAUUCAUCGUAAACGAUUUAAUUCAAGGAGAAUAUGUCGUUGAACACGGCACACACCAACGGUGGAGUCCUUCUCUACUCUGGCGAGUGCAUCUUACUCUUCUGCGAUAAUGUCAAUAUGGAAUUUCAUGGACAAGAACAAGCAGAGUUUAUUGGAAAAAAGCAUGGCAGAUUAUACCUGACAACACAUAGGAUGAUCUUUAAUGCUAAAGAUCAAAAAGAAAAGAUGCAGUCGUUCAGUUUCCCAUUUAUUACACUGAGUGAAGUAGGAUUAGAACAGCCAGUUUUUGGCGCUAAUUACAUAGGAGGCAAAUGCCGUGCUCAGGCAAAUGGUAAUUGGGUUGGAGAAUGCAAAUUUAAAUUGAGAUUCAAGAGUGGUGGAGCAAUAGAUUUUGGUCAAGCUUUGCUGAGAACUGCUACAAUGGCUCAACGCAAUGGUCCAGCAAAUGAAGCACCACCACCAUAUACGCCUCCAUUAUCUGAUUGGUAUCCAGCGCAACCUUCGGCUUAUCAACCUCCUCCAACUGGUUACUAUGGGUGGAUACCUCCAAAAGAUGUAUUCCCAGAUGUUCCGCAAGGAAAUACAGUCUUUAUGACAGACAGCCCGCCACCGUAUCCCGGAAUACAACCAGGAUACGGAUACGCGAGCGGCCCGCAACAUCAAGGCGCUGGAGCCGCAGUAGGACAACCAGGAGCUCCCGGAUGGGCCAAUCCGAAUUACAAUAGUCAGCCGAUGUCCCAUGCAGAUGCAAAGGCUGCUGAAGCUGCACAGAGCGCAUAUUAUGAUCCUAAUAGACCUCAAUGCGCUUACGUUCCACCACCAGAAUAUUAUGAAAGUCCACCAGCCUACACAAAGAAAUAUCAGUGAAAAUGUAUCGCAUUACACAAACGAAUUAUAUAGUGUAAUCGGUAUGCAUUCCACUUUAGGUGAAUACUGCAAAUUUGUAUGCUGUCGUGCAUUUAACGUAACAAACUGUCAACGUUUGUUAUACUUCUUGAAUCUAGAUACAUUGGUUCAAGUUGAUGGUUGAAGGUGCACCAAGUUUUUCUCAUUAUAGCUAUGCAAUGUUACAGCACAGGUUAUUGCAGGUACUUUUUGCAACAUUAGUGCUAUGUAUUAACGCGAAUAUUAAUAAUAAUUUCUUGUACA